AUGUCACCACCAAAUAUUAUAGCGAUAUUCUUAGCUGAAUUUGAUAUAAAAGCUGGCUAUAAAUUAAUAUGGUCCAAGACAAAGACAAAGACAAAUAUUAAUCUAGAUGGUUUGGAAUAUAAAGUUUUUCCAUCUGGUGUUCAUGAUUUUAAUAAUUCAACAACUUUAAUUAGUCAUUUUGAUGAGAAAUUAUACCUUGGGCUUUCUGUUUUUUAUCAACAUACAUUUGGUGAUUCAAAUGAUAGAUCAAAUGUGAAAAUGUUUUCAUUGGGGAUAUUAACUGAUGGUGAAAAUGGAUUUGAAUAUGUUAAUUCAUUAAAUUCUAAAUUGGUUCAAUUUGUUAACAAUCAAGAAAAGAAUUAUAGUACAUUUGAGGAGAUAUUUAAGUUGUCUGCUGCUGAUUCAAUUAUUAAUCAUCCACUUACUAAAUUGCCUAAAAUGAUCAAAGAUCUUGGUCCUUUGUUACUCACAAUUUAUAAACAAUCAUUAUUACGAAAGAAAAUUAUAUUAUUUAAUAAAGGGGAUACUUUUGACGCUGGUUCAUUCACUUAUUUAAUCUCAUUAUUAAGUACUAUACCGGACCAGCCAACCGCACAGCCUAUUUAUCAAAUUGGUUUAAAUGAUCUCGGUGGUAAAUUAUUAGAAAUUGAUGGUUAUAUAGCUGUUACAAAUGAUGAAAUAAUUAAAGAGAAUAGAGUUUAUGAUAUUGGAGUAGAUUUGGAAGAACCAAGAGUAUUUUCAAGGGAUGGUCAAAUAUAUGCAACUCAUUCAGAUUUUGAAAGAUUCAAAAAAAUAUAUCAACCAGAAAUUGAAGUUAGUAAUUUGGAAACUGCUUCAAAAGAUGACAUAUCUAUAACUCCAACAGAGAUCGAAACUACUUAUUUACAAAUCCCAGAUUGGUAUAAUACUUUAGUUGAAUCUAAUUCAUGGAUGAAUUCAAUAUGGUCUGCUUUUUCGUGGUUUGCAACUGCUGGACAAUUAAGCCAAGAACAGCAUUUACAAAAAUCCACAUCUAUUGAGUUCAAGGAUCUUGUUAACAUUGUGGGUUAUUUUCACUCAUUGACUAAAAAAUGGAUAUAUAUAAUAAAUGAAUUAAUAUUAGAUAAACAACAAGAAAGUGAUGAAUUAUUGGUUAAUUUAGAAUUAACAUAUCAAGAUUUAGUAGAAAUGGAAUUGGAAUACUCAGAUUAUGAAUUUAUAAAGGAGUUUAUUUUGUUAUAUUUUGAAUCUGUUUCACUGGUUGAAAUUGAAGAAUCUAUAUUUUCAAUUUGUUGUUGA